AUGCAUAGUCACAGGACCGAGGAUUGCCAUCAACUACGAGAGGAGGUGGCUCGACUACUCAACAAAGGACAUCCUCGGGAGUUCCUUAGCGAUCGGGACAAAAAUCAGUUCCGAGAAAUGGAGGCAACCAAGAAAAACGAGGCAAACGAGCCGCAACACGUCAUCCACAUGAUCAUGGGGGGCGCCGAUGCCCCGAAGGAACCCGUGAUGGGAAGCACAAAAAUAUCCAUCACCAGAGAAAAAUGGACUCGAGGAUAUAUCCCUGAAGACGCCCUCACGUUCAAGGAAGAGGACACCGAGGCCCUGUCUCGACCCCACAACGAUGCCCUGCUCGGCAAAUAUUAUCAAGUCAAGGGUGAUAGAACAGCUCGGACUGCUCAAACAAAUUGUGCCCGCCACUCGAGUCCUCAAUGGAUUCAACAUGGCGGCGAAACGACGAAAGGAGAAAUAGUCCUUCCGGUUACCGUGGUCGGCACAUCCCAAGACACUAAAUUCCUUGUCUUUGAGGGAGAUAUGAGGUAUAACGCCUUAUUUGGGCGGCCAUGGAUACAGUGCAUGAGAGCAGUAGCAUCCACCCUCGUGAACAGGAUCAAAAUCAUCUAA